GCUAAGAGACGGUUGGAGACGGUGCCCUAUGUUUUGCCAGACACAGAAUUUUCUUCUUUUGAUGGUGUUUCUCGUCAGGUAAUUCUGAUCAGAUAACUUAGAAUUUAAAAAUUUACUGUUAAGAAGCGUGGAUCUCUAUUUUAUUCGGUGACCAAAGUCUUUUGGGCUGAGUAAAGCAAAUAGAAAGAUUGCUUGAAAACAGGCCAUCGCGUUCCUCAUUAUUUUUUAUCGCAGGGUACUUUCAACACAUAUUUUUUUAAUCUUUAGAUACUAAGACUAGUUCAUGAGUUUGUGUAUUAAAAAAGUUGGUGCUUUUCCUAUGUUAGUCGGAUCAGAGAUACGACGUUUCUAUAAGAUAGAAAAUAAUAUAUCAGAGUCUUGCAUUCGAGAUCGUUCACGGCUACCUGAAAAAAGCUAUUUCCUAAUAAAAGCCUCGUGGGAAAGCCUACGCGAUGGCUUAUGAGAUUGCAUAGCUAACGGUUAUCAUAUCUUCACACAAAAUUUACCAAACUCAGCCAUGAACUAAUGAAGCAACUCUUCUGUUGUUAAAUCGCAAAAGUAAAUAUAGGUUUGGUUUUUCAUUGCCUAAUUUCAAUAUUGGCCCGAUAAACUCCAAACUUGAGAUAUGUCUUCUUUCUGACUAUGUGGGUCUCAUGUUGUUUAUCCCAUGCCUACUACCCAGUAUGCGAAUCGAGGGGACAGAUGAAAUUGAGGCUAACAACUGCAAAGUUGAACUAUUAAAAAGGAUUUUUCACCUGUGCAUGUCACAUGACCUCGCUUGCAUGCAAUCUUAUGGUGUCUUUAAGGUUGUGACAACAUUGGUCGAAAUAUCCCUGGAAAUAGCUCUCUCUAUAUAAAGUGCACAGACAGAAUGCUAUGCAGACGCAAUUUGUUUUCACACUUCCUGACCCAAAAUUAACGAACGAUUUAAAAUGAGCUAAACUUCAGAAUACUCAGCUACUUAUUAGCAUCUUUUUGGUUCAUAUAAGUGCCCAUCAGUUGUUCCUGGUUUUUUAAAGCAUUCCGAUAAGCAGAGGGGUAUUCUGAAAGUGCUUUUCCAGGGGUCUCCUUGAUACAGUGUAAAACUCCAGUAUAAAUUGUUUUGUACUUUUCUUUGUUUUGUUUGGAAUUUAACCCAUUUACCCCUGCAAUUCAAAAAUUUUUUCUAUCAUAGCAGUCAUGGUGUGGUUUCUGCAGGAUUUUUGCUCAUAUUUCAUCACUGACCGGACUAUCUCAUCACCAAUCAAAUUUCGACAGUUUGUACUUCAUGUAAGACUUGUCCUUUAUAAUUUGGGGACUGGGUCGAUUUGUGUUUGUGGAGGGUGAUGUAUAUUCCCCCUAAAAGAACAAAGAAACUUGGGCUAAUGUAAAAAUGAGGGAAUAUUAUUUGUAUUCCCUAGGUUGGGAAUUCACUUUUUCUUCUAUCCCUAAAGAAUUUACCCAGAUCUUGUACUGAGAUCUUGGGCACCUGGCCAAAAGAGUAAUCCCUUCAAACUUUAAAUUCAACAGGAAAUAAACAUAAUCACUGCAGACUCUUAAAAUGUCUGAUCAAGAGUACAAAUUGGAAGAGCUCAAUUUUUUCCGAAUCUGCUACAUCACCACCAGCAUCAUCCGAGAUGGCCUAGAAACAGUGUUUAAACAGGAGUGGGACAGAGUAUAUGGAGGAAGUUUAGGGACAUGGAGGGACACUGCAAAAAAUGGUCAGGCUCUUUUCAACAUGGAAUCCCCAAGAAGCAGGCAAAGAAAUAAUGGACUUUUAAGAAUUAUACAAAAUGGAAACACAAAGGAAUGGGAUUCAACAUGUUUUUUCUUUGCAAUUCUGUAUUCAGACUCGCUUGGACCUUUUGUGAACCCCACAGUUGCCUCUGAAGUUGACGUGCUACGAAGCUUUCGCAAUACUUUUGCACAUUCUUUGCAAGCCCAUAUUUUGGAAGCUGAGUUUCAGGCCAGUGUCACAUUAGUGACAAAUGCUUUUACAGCUUUGCAUCUGGAUACCACACAGUUACAAAACAUUAGUAGCCAAAAGAGCUUCCCAACUGAGGAACUUCAACAGCUUCAAGAGAAAGUCACAGUUUUAGAGGAAGAGUUAGGUGAACCCAAAUCUUUCAUGUGUCUCCCACCAAGGCCAUCCCACGAGGUUAUUGAGCGAAAGACAGAAACUAACGAAAUCCUGCAAAUGUUUACCAACCUUCAGAAUGACAAUGACGAUGCCUCAAAUAUUGUAACAGUUUAUGUCCAUGGAAAUCCAGGAUGUGGUAAAAGUCAAAUUGCUUUUGACGUGGGGAAAAAGGUCUAUGAUGAAGCAAUUCUCAACCUUGGCAAAGGCAAUUGUACAUUUGUAAUGACCUUAAAUGGAGAGAGUAAGCAGUCUAUGCUAGAUUCAUACCUCAAGUUUGCCCGUGAACUUGGUGUUACAGAAUACGCCCUUAGUAGUAUUAUUGGAAGAGAUUCCAAUUUGAAAGUCGAUGAAAGAAUCUCCCAUCUUAAAACGCUUGUUUCGACCAAAGUAAAGGAUUAUUCCACAUGGCUGGUGAUAAUUGACAAUGCUAAUGAUUUGGACAGCCUGAUGGCCUGCUGGCCCGAUGAACAGUGGCACGGAUUUGGAAAACUUCUUGUUACCACCCAAGACAGUAUCAAUGUGCUGUUUGCCGACCCUUCUUGCAAAGAUAUUUCUUUAAGUGAAGGAAUGCACAUGGAUGAUGCAUUAUUUCUUCUUAGGUCCAUCUGCGGUUUUUCUAGUGAGAAUGAGGAAGAGGAGCAUUCUGUUAUUGAGGAAGUAGAUUUUCAGCCAUUAGCCAUUGCCUGUGCAGCAAUCUACGUUCGUAACCUCUUGCAUAUUAGUACAGUGGGAAAUUCCACAUGGAAGAAUUACCUGAAGAAAGUGAAGAUGGGAAAGAGACAUAUGACUGAGAAGAUUUAUGAAAGGGCAAACAGGGGGUACCGGUUGUCCAUGACUUCUGCUGUAACGAUAGCAGUGGAAAAAUUAGCCCAAAAUGAAGUGUUUAGACAUGUGGUCCACUUUCUGGGUUUAGGAGCACCAGAACCUAUUGACCUUGGUAUCAUUGUCAGUUUUGUUACAAAACAAGACCCAGCUCUUGAUGAGGACAUAACGGCUGCUGACAUUGCCAAAUGCUCAUUGCUGAUUCCGCUAACUUCAGAUGAUGCUCCAGGAACUCGUAUAGGUGUGCAUAAGGUUGUCCAUGAUGUCUUUAAAAGACAUAUUCUUGACAAGCUCAGUAUAGAGGUGUUUACAGUUCUAACCAAAACAUACAUCGAGACAUUAUCUCCUCUUGUACAACACAUUCCUCUCCAGCAAGACCUUGAAUUUCACUUUUUCUCCAAAAUGAUUGCCCCUCAUUUAAAAAUGUUUAUCAGUAACUUGAGGUCACCUCUUGAUGUGUCAAGCGACCAAAGCAAAGAGGUCAUAAACACACUACUUAAUUUUGGCCACAUAUGCCUUGUACACCACUAUCUAAUUCCAGCAGAGAGGUAUUUUGAACUCGCCCUUGAGAUCACCAUUAAAGAAGGGGAAAGUAAUGAUGUAGACAGAAGUAAAGUGAAGGCAACCAUUCUAAAUUGUCUAGGUGAUGUGCUUUGCAUGCAAGGCAAGUUUGAGAAGUCUACAGACCACCAUCAGCUUGCCCUGGCUCUGUUUGAAAGCCUAAAUCCACUUGCGCCAACUGCAGAUAUUGCGGAUUCUCUGAUCAAACUUGGAAACAUUUCCUUCAGUGAUGGUCACUUUGAAGAGGCCAAAGAUUACUACAACAAAUCUCUAGAAAUCAGACAAGGGAUUUUUGGUGCAGAUCACAUCACUGUUGCUUCUUGCCUUAAUAACCUUGGAUGUGUCUACAGCACACUGGGUGACCACCAAAGUGCAAAAGACUUUUAUCAAAGAUCACUGGAGUUAGAAGAGAGGAUGUUCGGCAAAAUGCAUAACCGCGUUGCUGACAGUUUGAGUAAUUUAGGAAUUGAGUUUAGCGAAUUAGGCUUAACAGAUGAAGCCUUUCACUACCACCACCGGGCCAUUGAGAUGAGAAAGGAACUUUACUUUCCGAAUCAUUUUUUGAUCUCUGAAUCUUACAACAACCUUGGUAUAAUGCAUAAGGGCAUGGGUCAAUUUGAAGAAGCAAUGCAUUGUUUUGAAGCAGCGUUGUGCAUCAGAGAGAAAGUGUUGCCCUCAGAACAUCCGGUGACCGCCGACUUACUAGACAAUCUCGGUCAGCUGUGUAUGGAACAGGGUGAACUAGAGAAGGCCAAGGAAUUUCACUUCCGAGCGUGUGACAUUAGAAUCAAAAGUUUAGGAAGCGAGCAUUGUAAAGUUGGCGACAGUUUUCUCAACCUUGGCCUGGUUCAUAAGCACUGCUUUGAACUUGAUGAUGCAACCAGAUUUUUAAACAAAGCUUUGGAGAUCUACUCCAGUUCGUACCCAAGUGAUCAUCACCCGAAAGCGUUGGCGCAAGAAUGCCUUCAGCGUAUCUCACAGCAACAAGUCAACAUAGAUAACCCAGGUCAUGGGCAUACUGUGGAUGCUCACUCCACAGUUCGGGCUCCAUUUUACCCGGCUUUUAAGGGGAUAUCAAGUAUCUGGCAUGACUUACACUGGGGAAGGUGCGUAAAGCAUUCUUCCAGCGACCCUUUUCUGCUUCUUCUGAUGCUUGUCGUGCUU